GCAGGAGCGGCGGCAGUGGGCUGGGAGGAGCAGCAGCAGGACAAGGUGGCGGCGGCAACUCCAUGAUGGCCCGAGGUUGGAAUCAAGCACUCAGUGUUCUUCGGGACUGAGUGGUGAAAGGGUGUGUGUGUGAGCGUUUCCGCCCACACCCCCGCGCUUGGGGAUUCCACCAUCGCUUUCAAAGAGAAAAAAGAUAAUAAAAGAAGUAUAAUUUUUUCCUAGAUCAUAUUUUAUUCUCGAUUUGUCGAAAGUACUGUAAAUUAUGGUAGAUCUUUAGUGGGGGUGUGGAAAUUCGUCUUUUGAGAUGACACCGGAUUAGCUCCAGUGGGCAAUUUCGCCAUCAUUAUAACCCUGAAAUGUAACCCCAGGCAGUGCAUAGGAGUUGGAUCGUGUGUGUGUUUGUGUGUGUGUGUGCUUUUUUUAUGGGGGAUCUGUUUGUGGUUGAGGAUUACCGGGGGUUCGCACCCCGACGUGUAGUUGAAGCAAUGAAUGUACCGUCCGCGCCGCCAACCAUUUCAACCUGACCGUUAAUACCAUCAAGGAGAUGUGGUGGCAGGUGCUGUGGCUGGCGCUCCUACUGAGCCUCCUUCAGAGUAAGUCUUGUGCCUCGUCCUUGUUCCCCGGCACCCCUCCUCCGAGGCCGCCCACUCCUCCACCCCGCCCACCACCACACCGCUACCUGGACCACGCCCUCAUCCAUCCAUCACCACCACUCCACCCUCACUCAUCCAGUAACACCUUCCUCGACUUCUACGAUGGUUUGGAUGACCCUGGGGAGGCGUGGGAGGAGGACGAGUCGUGGUGGGACGGUGUUGAGGAAGUAAUACUCACAAAUAGCUUCAACGAUGGAUUCUCCUACGACGAUCUCUACUACGAUGAUCUCUACGAUAUCAACUACACCUGCACUGACACAAUGGAGUGUGACGAGUUUGACUCCUUCCCUCCACCUCCAGACUCCAUCCUUACACUCCCUCCUCCCCCAGUCCCUCCCUUUCUCCAAGGUGCUAUUGGCAGACUUCAGGAGGAGGGAAGGAAGAGGAAGAAACUGGAGCCACAGGAGGUGGGCAAGGAAGAGGAGGACGAAGAGGAGGGGAGAGAAUGGGAAGAGGACCAGUGUUCCUUGUGUGAGUGGGCUAGCGGUGGUAACAACACCCUCAGUCUUCUGCCUCCAGUAUCAGUCUUCGGUGUACCAUUAGCUGCUUUAUCAAAUCUCGUAUGUCAAGUUAUGUCAAUCAUUGCCCUCACAAAUAGCGUCUUGCUUGUAGCACCUCUGGGAACUUAUUACCUAGACAGAUAA